CCUUGCAUAGAUCAGUAUGGGCAACCCCCUUCGCUUUGUUUGCCUCAUUCCUUAUUAUGCCCCGCCCUCAAUUUGACUGCAGUCUCGACGAGUGGAUUUCAGGUUAUUUACUGGAUAUGCAGCAGUAUUUGCAGGGGGUAUGGAGCUGUGUCAGAUCGUCGUCACAAAUUUCGUGAACCGGUAUUUCCCUUGUCGCCUACGGAGAUAAUUACAACGACCGACUGAUUAAGACGAUAGACCGCAUACCAAGGACUAUAUUUCCCCAAGCCGCGGUUUUCAAUAUUGCUAUGUAUUCAACUUUCUGAAAAACAUAGGGCCUUGUCUAUCUGUUGCCGCUUUUCCAACCGCAACAAUGUAUCAGGUUAUAAGAGGACUUAUACUAACGGAUUCCCGAUGCUGGGAUCCCGACAGUCAAAGGUCAUACCAGGACCUGUUCGAUAAACUGGACACCAACAAGGAUGGGAAGGUGGAUGUUGCCGAAUUGAGAGCAGGCCUAACCGCAAUGGGUAUAUCAUUCCGCAAAGGUGCAGCGCAGAAAAUUGUAUCGUCAGGUGACAAAAACAAAGAUGGAGGGCUUGACUUCAACGAGUUCAACAAAUAUCUGAAAGAGCAUGAGAAGAAACUGCACCUUACGUUCAAGAGCUUGGACAAAAACAACGACGGGCACAUCGAUGCCUCUGAAAUUAAGCAGUCCCUUGAAGAGCUGGGCAUGGACAUCACCCAGGAAGAGGCCCAGACCAUCCUACAAAGCAUGGACAUCGAUGGUACCAUGAUGGUGGACUGGAACGAGUGGAGGGAUCACUUCCUGUUCAACCCUGCCCAUAACCUGAACGAGAUCGUACGCUACUGGAAACACUCCACGGUGCUGGACAUAGGAGAGAGCAUUGCCAUCCCUGAUGAGUUCACUGAGGAGGAGAAGACCUCGGGGGGCUGGUGGAAACAGCUGGCUGCCGGGGCGAUGGCCGGGGCGGUCUCCCGCACAGGCACCGCCCCCCUGGACAGGGUGAAGGUCUUCAUGCAGGUCCACUCCUCCAAGUCCAACCGGAUCACCCUGUUGGGAGGAUUCAAACAGAUGAUUAAGGAAGGGGGCGUAGCCUCACUAUGGCGAGGGAAUGGAAUCAACGUGUUAAAGAUCGCCCCUGAGACCGCUAUCAAAUUCAUGGCCUACGAACAGUAUAAGAAGCUGCUGACGCCAGAGGGAGGGAAGGUCCAGACCCACCAGAGGUUCAUGGCUGGCUCUCUGGCAGGAGCCACAGCACAGUCGUCCAUCUACCCCAUGGAGGUCAUGAAGACCAGACUGACUCUAGGGAAAACUGGCCAGUAUAAUGGAAUGUUUGACUGUGCCAAGAAGAUUCUGAGGAAAGAGGGCAUCAAAGCCUUCUAUAAAGGCUACACUCCCAACAUAAUAGGCAUCAUUCCCUAUGCUGGGAUCGACCUAGCUGUUUACGAGAGCCUGAAGAAUGCCUGGUUGUCCAGCUAUGCCAAAGACACAGCCAACCCUGGUAUCCUGGUGCUGUUAGGCUGUGGCACCAUCUCAAGCACGUGUGGCCAGCUGGCCAGCUACCCCCUCGCCCUGCUCCGUACACGCAUGCAGGCACAAGCAACUCUGGAUGCGUCAGACAAGUCCACCAUGAGUGGCCUAGUGAAGGGGAUACUGGCUAACGAGGGGUUCUUUGGACUCUACCGGGGUAUCCUGCCCAACUUCAUGAAAGUAAUUCCUGCUGUGAGCAUCAGCUAUGUGGUCUACGAAUACAUGAAGACCGGCCUGGGGAUCUCCAAAUGAGGAAUGAUCAAUCUCCAAAUGAUGCAGGGAUCGUGAAAGAGGUCGAUAGAUCUUUAGAUCUUUUAGACAGUCAACCAAAUUUGUGUUGCACAUAGACUUCUAUGGUCUUGCAUAGCCAAACAUCGAGAUCACGUUCGCUCUGCGGAGUGUCGCAAAGAGAAGCCUAAGGCUAGUUCGAACUGGGCCAUAUCGGUAAACUCCGAAAAUGACGUUCACCCCUUUAACUCACAGAGACAUGAGACAUUCCAACACACAAGAUGGUGCAAUUUAACUGAGAAGAACUGCAUUAUGGGUCUUACAAUGAAUAGGGUGAAAGGAGAAGGUAUUCAGUUGAACACUGUAACCAAAGUUGAGAGCUUUGUCUAAACUAUUUUCUGUUCUGUAAUAUGAAAUACUCCAUGUGCACAUAAGAGAUUAUAUUAUUAUUUAAGUGUGCCUUACCCUCAGUUAAAUAUCAUAAUUUAAUUUGGUUGGUUUUUAUUUAUGUUUUUACACUUUUAGUGUCAUUUACAACAGCCUCAAUGCUAUGUUUUUCCCUCCCAUAUGUUUUUCAUAUGUUUUUCCCUCCCAUAUGUUUUUCAUUGUUGUUUACAUUUUAGUCAUUUAGCAGAUGCUCUUAUCCAGAGCGACUUACAGUUAGUGAGUGCAUACAUCUUCAUA